CCGCCUAGUAAGCGCCCGGGCGGCGCGGCCCCAGGGCCGAGCCAGCCACGCCAAACCAAGCCAGAGAACAACGGGACAAGGUGUCUGCGAUGCCGCUGCAGAAGAAGCUCUGGAAGUCCAUGGCCAAGGGCUUGGUGCUGGGUGCGCUCUUCACCACCUUCCUGCUUCUGCUCUACUCCUACGUGGUGCCCCCGCUGCAUGCCAGUCCUGCCUCCACGACCCUGGAGGGCACAGCGCCCUGCUCCCCUCCCUGGGUUGAGCCGGAACCCACGCUUCUGGCCAAUGGCUCCUCUCCUGGGUGCCAGCCACGGCGCGACAUCGUCUUCAUGAAGACUCACAAGACAGGCAGCAGCACGCUCCUCAACAUCCUGUUCCGUUUCGGCCAGAAGCACAGGCUCAAGUUCGCCUUCCCCAAUGGCCGCAACGACUUCGACUACCCGGCCUUCUUCACCCGCAGCCUGGUCCAGGACUACCGGCCCGGGGCCUGCUUCAACAUCAUCUGCAACCACAUGCGCUUCCACUACAACGAAGUGCGGAGCCUGGUGCCGCCCAACGCCACCUUCAUCACCGUGCUCCGCGACCCCGCCCGCCACUUCGAGUCCACUUUCCACUACUUCGGCGCCGUGGUGCCCUUCACAUGGAAGCUGUCGGGCCCUGACAAGCUGGCCGAGUUCCUGCAGGAUCCUCCUCGCUACUAUGACCCCGACGGCUACAACGCCUACUACCUCCACAACCUGCUCUUCUUCGACCUGGGCUACGACAGCGAGCUGGCCCCGGACAGCCCGCAGGUGCAGGAGCACAUCCUGGAGGUGGAGCGCCGCUUCCACCUGGUGCUGCUGCAGGAGUACUUCGACGAGUCGCUGGUGCUGCUCAAGGAGCUGCUGUGCUGGGAGCUGGAGGACGUGCUGUACUUCAAGCUCAACGCCCGCCGCGCCUCGUCCGUGCCUCGCCUCUCGGACGAGCUGUACCAGCGAGCCACCUCCUGGAACGCGCUGGACUCGCGCCUCUACCGCCACUUCAACGCCAGCUUCUGGCGCAAGGUGGAGGCCUUCGGCCACCGGCGCAUGGCCCGCGAGGUGGCCGCCCUGCGGAGCGCCAACGAGCACAUGCGCAGCAUCUGCAUCGACGGCGGCCGCGCGGUGGACGCCGAGGCCAUUCAGGACUCGGCCAUGCAGCCCUGGCAGCCCCUGGGCGCCAAGUCCAUCCUGGGCUACAACCUCAAGAAGAGCAUCGCAAGGCGGCACAGGCAGCUCUGCCGCCGCAUGCUCACGCCCGAGAUCCAGUACCUGACGGACUUGGGCGUCAACCUCUGGGUCACCAAGCUCUGGAAGCUCAUCAGGGACUUUCUGCAGUGGUGACCGACCUCCUGUCCACUUAGCUUCCCCGCCCCCCCUGCCCCCCGACAAUACCGCCUGCUCUCUUGAGAAGGCACCUGGCAGGAACCUCCUGGUCUCCCCCCCAAACCUCUCCUGGUGCUACCCCAUCCCCCGGGGUGAGGGGGGCUGCCUUAGUAAUGUAGCUGGCCAGGAAUGGACUCAUUUCCCCAUCAACCCCCUGCCCCCCCCACAGGGCCCAAGAUCAGUAUUCGGCUAAUUGUAUU